UCCGGCACCGACACCGGCUCCGGUUUCGGCCCCGGCCCCGGCCCCGGCCGUGGUCCGGGGUCCGGCCACGUCCCCAGUUCCGGUCCCGGUCACGGUCUCGGCUCCAGCUCCGGCCCUGGCCCGUCCCCGGCGGCGGCCGCGACCCGUCGAUCGGAACAAGCCCUGCCCGAAGUCAAGGAAAGCCGGGUUCCGGGGCCGUGAGCUGACGUACAUGGACGAGGCGGACGACUCAGCGGCCGAGGACGGCGCCGACGCCGAGACAUCGCCCAAGCUGUUCACCUUCCCGCCAGUGGAGCCCGAGCUGCUGCAUUACUUCAGCUGCAACCUGUGCGACGCGGCCGGCUUCGACGACGUCGAGACGUACUUCGCGCACCUGUGGCGCACGCACACCGAGUUUCACAUGGUGGGCGGCCGCAUCCAGCGCAUUCCAAUUCGCCUGCGGCCGCAGCUGUUCGUCAUAUGCGCGCUGUGCGGCCUCAACAACAAGGGAAGCACCGGCUUCAGCAACACGUACCUGACGACGGCGCACCUGCCGCACCACGCGGCGCUGCUGCGGCCACCUCGCGCGCCACUCCGCUGCGACACCUGCCGCGCCGAGUUCGCCGACCGCGCGGAGCUGGCGCUGCACGCGCUGGACGCCGAGCACGGCAACGCGGCGCACCGGUGCCCGGUCUGCGCCGACGAGGUGGAGGGCGACCUGAACUACAUCGCGCACCUGCGCGCUCACUACAUGAGCCGCCUCUUCCAGUGCUACUUCUGCAUGACGCUGUUCGCGACGGAGACGGGCUGCAUCGCGCACAUCAAGAAACACCACGCGGAGGAUUACAGCGUACACAAGUGCAGCAGCUGCGGCUACGCCACGGCGCUGUUUCACGACUUCCUGCUGCACAUCCGGUCGCACUCGCAGCUGAACCGGCACGUGUGCCACGUGUGCGGCGUCAUGUUCGUCUCCAAGAUGUCGCUCAAGCACCACAUCCCGACGCACACGGACUCGCAUUUCCCGUGCGAACAGUGCAACAAGAUCUUCUCGCACCCGCAGACGCGGCGCCGGCACGUCAUCAACGCCCACAACAACCCCGAGAAGUGCACGUGUCCCGAGUGCGGCCGCCAGUUCGGCUCGGCCUACUCGAUGAAGCGCCACUACAUGAUUCACACGGGCGAACGGCCGUACCAGUGUGACAAGUGCGGCCGCGGCUUCGUGCAGAAAGGCGACCUGCAAGCGCACUACAAGCGCUGCAAGUUCACGGAGGUGACGGGCGUGUUCGUGACGAUAUAGGGUGGCGCGCUGCUGGACUGCUCGGCACGGACGUGGGCAGGGGACGAGCUAGUGUUGAUGAUUUAGAUGCGUUAGCAAUGCAAUUGUCGGCAUUUUAUCUACUGGACUUGAGGUGCGUUUUAUUAUGUGUGACCAGUGUCUGAUCAAUUUG